GCAUGCGCCGUCGACGGCAGCAGGAGUCUUCAUUUCGCUGUGCAGGGUGCUUACAAGAUUUCCACGUCACACAACGUCACGAUAGUCGCCAUAGAUUCUGGCUCGCCCAUCAUCCGUGCUUUUCCCCAGCUGAUUAUCUCUCGCGUCGCGGCAUAUAUGACCUUUCGGUUGGUUUUCCCUGAACACAAUCCACAUCCCCAAUUUUUCCCGCAUCCCCCCACUGUCGGCAUUGUGAUCCGCUGGGCCAGAGAAGCAUGACUGCAUCCUCGCCACGCAGCGACGAGGAUCUGGAAUCAAGCAGCUCGGCCGUCUCCGAACCGUCCUCCCUGAACGACCACAAGGACCUCGUCUUCGCCCCUCCGCCGCACCAUCCCCAUCACCACCAACAGCAGCAGCAUCGCGGCGCCCCCGGGGGCUCACGCGGCCGGUUAACCGGUAAACGGGGGGUCAGCGCACGCGGCCAGCACUCGCUGACCACCGGCGGCGAAUUGGCCCAGCUCGCGCCUGGACAGACCGUCCAGUAUCAGACGUCGAACGGUAUUUUAUCAGUAUUACCCCUGAAUUUGGCCGGUAACGGUAACGUGAUGGCCGUGCCCAGUGGCAGCGUGGACAUGUCCUCCUUGGCCGCCGGCACCACGGUGAUCAUGACCCAGGACGGGCAGCAGUUCCUCAUUCCCGUCUCCCUGGGCGGCGAUUCCUCCUUGAGCACCGGCAGCAUGAAGUCGGUCGCCAGCGGAUCCUCCGGCAGCAGCGCCGGCAGUCCCUCGCUCUCCGGGCCCAAUCUGACGCCGCAGCAGCAGGUCAUGGCUGAGGAGGCCGGUCGGAAACGCGAAGUCCGCCUGCUGAAGAAUCGUUUGAUUAACAGGGAAGCGGCGAAAGAGUGUCGGCGCAAGAAGAAAGAGUACAUCAAGUGCCUGGAGAACCGCGUCGCCGUGCUGGAGAACCAGAAUAAAGCCCUCAUCGACGAAUUAAAAUCCUUGAAGGAGCUCUACUGUAAAUCCACAUCGCACGAUUAAUCGUUGCGCCAUUCGUCUGCAUGCUUGUCACAUUUCUCUCUUGUUGCCCGUUAUUUUCGGUCGGAAUCAUCCAGGGAUCCGCUGUCCGCCCUGAUGGACACUUUCAUCGGAAUUAAUUAUUGUCUUCGGUGUUUUUGUCGCUGUGUAUUGGUUUAUUUAACUUCAGUUUGUGUUUGGUAUUUCCGCGCGAUUAUUUAUCGGGUGGGAAUGGUUUUUAUCUGUUCUAAUUAUUCUUAACCGUUUUUUUUCUGGGAGACUGUUUACCUCUUUACGCGCCGGAAGUUGUUGGAGAGUUUGACGGUGUGCUGGAUGUCUUAAUGAUUUUACCUUCAUUCGACAAUUCUCUGCUUGUUUUCCUGUCGGUUGAUGAACAAAAUUGAUAUAAUUCAGGAAUUUG